AUUUACAUUUUGGGCCUACACCACCUCAACACCACCGACUUCACUUCCUCUUUUCACCCAACCCCAAGUCAACCAGCCAGGAGAGUCACAAUGUCGGCGAAGCCCACGAGCAAGACAUUCGGAAAGUCGACCCGAGAGGUUCCUGCCUCUUCGGAGAAGGCUAAGAAGUGGUACCCCGCUGACGACGAUGCCGAGAACAAGAAGGUCCGCAAGGCUGUCCGAUCUUGGGCCCCUCGCAAGUCCCUCCAGCCCGGCACUGUCCUCAUCCUCCUCGCUGGCCGCUUCCGUGGCAAGCGUGUCAUUCUCCUGAAGUCCCUCGACCAGGGUGUCCUCCUCGUCACCGGCCCCUUCAAGAUCAACGGUGUUCCUCUGCGACGAGUCAACUCCCGAUACGUCAUCGCUACCUCUUACAAGGUCGACAUCUCCGGUCUCGACGAGAAGAAGAUUGAGGAGGUCUCUCAGCCCAAGUACUUCACCGCUGAGAAGGCUAAGGAGAAGGCUGGUGAGGAGGCUUUCUUCAAGCAGGGAGAGAAGCCCCAGAAGAAGGAGGUCAACAGCAGCCGCGCCGCCGACCAGAAGGCCAUCGAUAAGGCUCUGAUUGCCAACAUCAAGAAGGUUGACAUGCUGGCUUCUUACCUCUCCAGCUCUUUCAGCUUGAGGAAGGGUGACAAGCCCCACGAGAUGGCCUGGUAAAUGUGCAAUCUUGUGCCGGGGUGAUGGGAGUACCGGGGUUGCGACACAACGGGUUGUAGAACGGCAAGGGUCUCCGAAAUGGGCUGGUUUGGCCAAUUGCAUUUGGAAGUCGACGGCAUCGGUCCUAUUUUGGCGUCUGUAAUCAGGUUUUACAGUCAAAAAACAAACGAGCAUACAAAAUUCUAGAGGCUUCCGGUCAGAGGCCGAUGAUGAUGAACUUCACUCGGAUAUCCCAUCUCCUGAGUGAUAAAGACAACUGGUGUGAGCGAUCUUGGUGUUUUCCGAUCUGAUCUGGUCAACAAUGGACAUUGAUUUAUGAAUGAUUAAAAAAGUUUCAAAAUUUAUGUGUGUUUAUCGGUCUGCUGGUAUGUCAGUCCUCUAAUGUGACCAAGACCCAGAUUCAUAAUAUCAACAUGAGU